AUGCCUUUAAAACACCUCUACAUAGUUAGACAUGGAUUCAGAUCUAACUGGCUUCCUGUGGAUCAACAGUUACCUAAUCCUACAGGAGUAGACUCAGAUCCUGCUUUGGCUCCUCAUGGUGUUGAUCAGGCAAAUCAGCUGGCAGAUUUUGUUUCUAAAGAGUUGGAUCCUAAGCCAGAACUCAUCUUCAGCAGUCCUUUCUAUCGAUGUGUUGAGACUAUCAAUCCUAUUGCUGAUAAGCUUAACCUGGAUAUCUAUCUUGAACGUGGUAUUGGUGAAUGGUAUAAGAGAAAUAGAGGUGUUAUUCCAUUUCCAGUCGAUCACAAGGUGAUGUCUAGUUUCUUCCCACGCGUCUCUGAUGACUGGGAAUGGAAUACAGUGAUUCCUUCCUCUGUUGGUGAAACGGAGGAGGAGGUGUUUGAAAGAUGUCGGAUUUUUUGGAACAAGUUCUUCCCCAAAUUGGAAGAGCAUUUUCCCCGUGUGGAAACCGUUAUUAUUGUGACACAUGCAGCCACCAAAAUUGCUCUGGGGAUGUCUCUUAUGGGUUACAAAAACAACAGAGAAUUCUUAGUUGCAGAAGAUGGAGGUGACGGUAAAACUACCUGCAUUCAAGCUGGUACAUGCUCUCUUGAUAUGUAUUCGUUUGAUCCUGCUUCUCAGAAAUGGCACUUACAAAUUAAUGGUAUGACAAGUUUCCUUAAAAACGGGACAGAAAUGAACUGGAUGUACACAGAUAGUGGCUUUGAAGCUGGAUCGGAUGAAGAUGUUGCUGCAAGAAAGAAGCUUAAGGACAAAUUUGGUCCAGAACCAUUGGAUAGCGAUGAAGCAACAGUGAAUACAGAAGAUGAGCGACGACAUGGAUUAUCGGAAUCUGGUGAGGAUAGUAAGGAGACAACAGAAGCAGGAGAUAAUGAUGAUGGUAAAACUGGAUCAGAUAUGGAGCCAACUGUGGAACCUGAUUCAGAGUAUGAGGAUGUUUAUGUGAGUAUGGUUUUUCCUCCAAGCAGUAAUCAGCUAGAGCAGAAAUCAGAUACGGCUGGGGUUCCUAAAAAGUCGACUACUGGCGAUAAAGCAUCAGAGUUCGAUGACAUAAAGGCCAACCUAUAUAGCAAGGGAACAGACUCGUUAAAGAAAAUCCGGAUUUCGGGCCUUUCGAAACAGAGACCAUUGGUUCAAAUGCAUAACAAUUUAUAUAUGGGAGACUGGUCCAAGCUGGUUGGUACAGAGCUUGUUUUCAAUGAAAACGGUGGGUUUGUCACCAAAGUCGAUUCGCAUGUUGUCCUGCAUAGUGGAAAACUAGAAAGCCAUAAAGAGGAGAAAGAUCCUUUACUGAAAAGAGCCAUUGACUUGGCGAGAGAAGUUCAGCAGCCUAGAAAGGAUGAUGAUGGUGACAUACAGAUGAGUUAA